UAUCUCUCACUCCCUCUCCACCUCAGUCGUUCUCUCUACCUUUUUCUCUCCCACUCUCUCUCCCUCCCGCAUUGAGCAGAAGGUCUCUGUUGUGCGUAGGAGUCGAGACUGAGCCCGCGGUUAAGUGCUGAGUCGGACUAUGCUGUACGGAACAUCUGCCAGUAGCCCAGUUGUACCAGAGCCCAGCUGUCACCAUUACUUCAUCUGCAUUGGCCGGCAGCGCUAGGAGAGCUGAGCAAGGCAAACAACGAAGUAGCCAGCCACUCAACCCCUGCGUCCUUUUGAUCGAUUCGCAACCGUCCGGGCCGAAGUGGACGUUGGCCAAACGUUUUGGACAAUUUACACUCUACAUGAAAGAUGGUACAGAUACAUUUGGUAGUGGUUGCCAUGGUGCUCCUGCAGUGUCCCAGCGGACGAUGGGCGUACGUCUUCCAGGCCAGCCGGCCCGGGGAAGGAGGAGAAUCACCCCCUAAACUGCCUGUCUCAGACUUCCCAUGGGUGAAUUCGGCGGGCUCCUGUAAGGGGCGCUGCUUCGAGCUGGAGGAGGCUGAGCCUCCCGGAUGCAGGUGUGACAACUUGUGCAAGACGUACUGCAGCUGCUGCACCGACUUCGACGAGCACUGCCUGAAAACAGCGGGGGGGUUUGAGUGCAGCGAGAGCCGCUGUGGGGAGACCAGGAACGAUGACCAUGCUUGCCACUGCUCCGACGACUGCCUGGAGAGAGGAGACUGCUGCUCCAACUACAAGUCUCUCUGCCAAGGGGAAGCGACAUGGCUGGCUGGAGACUGUGUGGAAAUCACAAGCCCAAAAUGCCCUGCAGGGUUCAUCCGGCCCCCUCUCAUCAUGCUGUCAUUGGACGGUUUCAGGGCGUCCUACAUGAAGAAGGGGAAAACAGUCAUUCCCAACAUGGAGAAGCUCAGAACAUGUGGUACCCACGCCCCCUACCUACGACCUGUGUACCCGUCUAAAACCUUCCCAAACCUGUACACCCUAGCCACGGGUCUAUAUCCAGAGUCCCACGGCAUUGUGGGUAACACCAUGCAUGACCCGGUCUUUGACGCCAACUUCAACCUGAGGGGCAGAGAGAAACUGAACCAUCGUUGGUGGGGGGGCCAGCCUAUUUGGAUCACCGCAGAGAAACAAGGAGUGAAAGCUGGCACCUUCUUCUGGCCGUGGGUCAUCCCCCUGGAGAGGAGAAUACUGACCAUCUUGAGGUGGCUUAGUCUUCCUGACGACGAGAGACCGUAUGUCUAUGCAGUCCACUCAGAGCAGCCAGACACGUUUGGACACAGACUGGGUCCUUUAAGCAGUGAGGUGAGCUCCUCUCUGAUUGGGUGGAAAAAGCUCCAUGUGAUGUGUUUACACACUGACCACACGUGUUUGGCUGUUGUCGUUGUGCAGCUGGACAACCCCUUGAGGGAGAUAGACAACAUCAUUGGGCAACUGAUGAACGGCCUGAAGCAAAUGGAUCUUCAUCGCUGCGUCAAUAUCAUCAUCGUGGGAGACCACGGUAUGGAGGAGGCCCACUGUGACAAGAUGGAGUUCCUAAGCUCCUAUCCUCUCAACAUAGACGACAUCCAGCUGAUCCCAGGGUCUCUGGGCAGAGUCAGGCCCCGCGACCCCAAGUCUACUACCUACGACCCCAAAGUAGUAGUUGCCAAUCUCACAUGUAAGAUGCCGAGUCAGCACUUCAAGCCGUACCUGAAGCAGCACCUUCCUAAGAGGCUUCACUACGCCAACAACCGCAGGAUAGAGGAGGUCCACCUGCUCAUGGAGAGGAAGUGGCACAUCGCCAGGAAAAUGCCGGAAAACCGAAAGCCCCCAGGGAGAUGUGGUUUCUUUGGCGAUCACGGCUUUGACAACAAGAUCACUAGCAUGAAGACUAUCUUUUUGGGCCAUGGGCCAACCUUUAAGUUCCGGAAACAAGUGCCUGCGUUUGAAAACAUCGAGUUGUACAACGUCAUGUGUGAUCUCCUGGGGUUAAGCCCUGCCCCUAACAACGGAACCCAUGGCAGUCUGAAUGACAUGUUGAAGUCCCCUCCUUACACCCCCGCCAUGCCCGAGGAGGUCUCCGCCCCAUUACCCCCCCUCGCCGACCCAGCCUCCCCGGCCUCCUACACCCUAGGAUGCAGCUGUGAUGACGAGAACCAGGUGGAGGAGAGCAGUCAGCCAUUCAGCCCAGACCCAGAUGGUGUCUACUCCUACAACACCACCCACCUGCCCUACGGCCGCCCUGCUGUUCUGUUUGAGAGCCGCUAUAGUCUGCUGCAUCACGUCGACUUCAUCAGCGCCUACAGCCUGGAGCUGGCCAUGCCGCUUUGGACCUCCUUCACCCUGCCCCGACAGGAGGGCGUGACCUCCGUGGCGGAGGCCGGGAGCGGGUGCGUGAGGGCGGACACGCGGGUGCCUCAGGAACACAGCCUGGCCUGCAGCAGCUUGUUCAGCCUGGACACGGGCCUCACCCAGGGCUUCCUCUACCCCCCAGAGCUGGCCACAUCUCCAGAAUCCAGAUAUGACGCCUCGCUCGUCACCAACACAGUCCCCAUGUACCCUGCCUUUAAGAAGGUGUGGAGCUACUUGCAGGGGGUGCUGCUCCGGCGCUACGCUGACGAGACCAACGGCAUCAACGUUCUCACGGGGCCCAUCUUCGACCACAACUACGACGGCCUCCGCGACACCACCGCCAAGAUCAAAGAGUCUGCAGGGGCCUCAGUGCCUGUUCCGACCCACUACUUCAUGGUGGUGACGGGUUGCCAGGAGCUCAACCAGACAGCAGAGGAGUGCGAGGGCCCGCUCAGCGCCUUCUCCUUCCUGCUGCCCCACCGGCCCGACAACUCUGAGAGCUGCAACAGUGCUGAGGAGGAGUCCCAGUGGGUCGAGGAGCUGCUGCACCUCCACACGGCGCGCGUCCGAGACGUCGAGAUCUUGACGGGCCUGGACCUCUACAGGGGCACCAACCUCACCCUGCCCCACGCCCUCUCUCUCAAGACGUACCUGCGCACCUUCGAGGCGGACGACUAACACGCGGGCGCCCCCUCCGUCUCACCCUCCUGUCCAACGGUGCCUUUUCUCCCUGUUUGUGGCUGGCUCGAUAUCGUUCUCCGUCGCCGUUCAUCCCUCUCCCUCUCCGCUUCUCUCUCUCUCUCGGCCUGGAUCUCGGUGCCUGUCUAUCUACCCUUUUCUCUCCACCCCCCCCCCCCAUCCUUCCCUAGUACAUCUCUGAUCCUUAGGUGUAUAUUUUUAUACAAUUUGUCAUAUUUAUUAUGUAGCAGUUAAUAGAGCCACAUUCAUUACUAUAUUAAUCCAUUGUAACAGAGGUCUUGUGUGGGGGAGUGAGCUGCACGUAGGCCUGUGUGUGUGUGUUAGUGUGUAUGUGUAUGUGUGUGUGUGUGUGUGUGUGUUGCUGUGUGUAGUUGCUGGGAAGCUGAAAGCGUAAUGGUGUUGAAACGUUUUCUGUCUAGGUUCAGUAAGUGUUUCGGAUUAGGUUCCAAUGAGGACAUACCAUAUUUCCUUAGAAGUCAGAUAAGACCAUGUAUCUCAGUCCUGCCCAGCUGUAUGUGAAGGCGCUUUUAAUAUACUACACUGCAUCGAUUCAUUUAGCAGAUGCUUUCAUCAAAGCCAUGGAUGGAUGAUGCAUAUAGGAAAUGCAGCAGAUAAUCAAGGACUAGAAGUGCACAGGUCUAACCAGUAUUCCAGUGGUUCGUAUCCCAGCUGUUUGUCUCUCUCCGAUGAACGUAGACUAAUGGUCUCUCUGAGUGACUUUACUUACCUCUCAUCCUUCUAACACCUCAACCUUCGUUCGACGCGGUUCCUGACGGUUGGUGUGGUCAUUGGUUUGCAGUUGAAAAUGUUCUGUUCCACUCUAUUCUAAGUUGCUCAUUAACCAUGUGGCCAAAGGUCCGAUCCGAAUAAAUUCUUAG